AGAUCCUGCGGUGUGCAGGGGUCACACAUGCUACGCAAAGAGUUUGGAUGGGGAAGGGUGGUGGGAGCCAGCUUCUCCUGAUCCCAUCUGCCCAGGCCGCUCGAGCCUGGCCUCUGCUCAGCCACAGCUCUGGGCAAGAGCCCCAGCCGCCUCACGAGGCCUCCAAGACCCAGCACUGAGCCCAGGGCCCACAUGGCUGAACAGAGCUGGGCAGUGGUGACCCCACGUGCUGUGGGGCCCGGUGCCCUCCCACGUGGGGUCUGCAGGCCUCCCUGAGGUACCUUGGGCAAUCGUCACUCCGGUCCCAGAGCCGGAGAAACUGAGCUCUUUCUAAAGGAAAACUCGGGUCUCCCAGCUCGGGGUGUGGAGGCCAUUCUGGGCGGGGCAGGCCGGGGCUCCCCACUGGCGGCCGCAGGGCCCACAGGAGCGCUGAGUGGCCUCUGCACGCACAGCUGCAAGGUCACAGGCCCAGCCUUGGACGGGCACAGAACUAGCCCCAGUGUGGAAGGCGGGAGGCCUGCAGGGGUGGUGCCUGGCUGGCAGUUUGAAAUAUGAGGCUGUCGAAAGAAAUUGCGAGCCGGGUGUGGGGUUAGAGGCCGGGGGAGCUGGGGGCCGUGGGUGGGGAGCGGUCGCCAAGGCGGCAGCGCCCGAGGUGCCGGGAGCCGUGGUCGGUGCCCAGCUAGACGCCCUUCGUCGGGGCAGAGAAGUUAAAAAUUAUUCAACGCAGAAUUCCUGGGCGGCUGCAGAGGCCGGUUGUACCAGGCGAAGGCUUCCACCACACUCCCCGGUCAGACCGCGCUAAGGCAGCCCGGGAGCCGCACCUCGGCGACACUGCUGCAGCUCACGGGACCAGGUAGGACAGAGGCUCCCGGGCAGCUGCUGGGAGAAGUCUGUCUUGUGGGGUCUGCGGUUUCCCCCUGACUUCUGAGCCGACCUGGCUCCAAACCUCCCCUCCCCCACCUCAGAGUCUCUGGAGGUCCCGCGCUGCCUGGGACCAGAGGGGAGGGCCCUGGGCCAGUGGGAGCCUGCAGAGAAAGUGGGGUCUUUGGGAGAACAUGCACCAGCUAGAGGGGUGUCACAGAAAGCUGCCUGUGUCUGCGGUCUGUUGGGGAAUAGGGUGGGGGUCGUGCCCGUGGUACAUGCUGGCCAGGCUGGGGCCCCCCAAGGGGCCAGGUGGGACUGUGGCCCCACGUGGCUGCACAGAGAGACCGUGAGGAGACCCAUGGGCUCCCCCAGGAGAAACUGGGUGUCUUGAGCUUCCAGUGGGAAAAGGGGACAGGCCUGUGUGUGACCCCACUGUCUCUGAGGAGGGAGCCAGAGUCGGGGGGAGGGAGUGAGUCUGAGACACCUUAAUCUAUGUGACAAUGGCCAGAAGGCUCUUGCAAGGAAACCAGAUUUAUUCCACUUAACAGGACACAGGUAUCUGUGAACUACCCUGUGGUGUGUAAUUCUUAAUCGGCUGGAAUUGGACCAGCUUCCUUGCUUAAACCUGAAAUUCAAUCCUGCCCAAGAUUCAGGGCCCAGGGUGUCACAGGAACCCGAAGGCACAAAAGAAAUGAGACGUGGGCCAAGAUGUGGGACGGCUCCGCCCCGGUGCUCCGUCCUGCGCGGGCGGGAUGUGCUGGAGACCCGGCCUGACCAGGAAAGCAGGCGCGGGCGCGGGCGGGGUGCUGAACUCUAAGUGGCCCCGUGAUGGGAAAUGGGCGCUGUCCUGGCAGAGUCCCCAGGUCAGACGUGGAGGUGGAGCUGUGCUGAUGCCCCUUAUGCAGAGGAUUAGGAGAGGGGGUUAGAGCCACAUCCCAGGAAAGACCACGAGAACAGCGAUCACAGGUCCUAUUCCAAUGUCAUCGAAAUGUCCCCAGGCCUCAGAGCGCGGGGACCGUGCCGGCUGAGGUCUAAUUUCAUUUUUGUCAAAGUUAUACUUGCAUGUCGUUUACGAGUCCCAUGCUCCCACGAGGCUCAGACAAAUACAGCCUCUCAAGCCGCAGCAAAUCUCAUGCUGUUUACUGGCGUCUGCGUGACAGCACGACUGAAUGACAGCUUCUUGCUGUUUCAGUUUUAGGGCUUAUCGACUGAAUUCACCCCAGGGAAGCUGAUGUUUAUUUCUUCUGCCUCUCCCACUCCCCACGCACCUGGGUUCCCCCCAUUUCCAGCGCCAUUGUGGUUACAGCUGUGAACGCAGCGGUCAGAUUCGCGUUCACACCAGGCCUGUGGCAGGCCAGGGUUGCAGCCCCAAUCCCAAAGUGUGUUGUCUGCCCCGGAGUUAAUAAUCGCCUUCCUCUUUCAUGCUUGCUGAGUUUUCUCUGAACUCAUGACUGAUUCAUCCUCAGACUCUCGCCAGUGGCUUAAGUUCAAACACAAGGGUCUUUCUGAGGCGGUCGGUCCGGGAGCCCCCGCCCUACUCCCAGGGUGCCCGUCCUCCUGGGCCCGGGCAGGGCCGGCCUUCAUCCCAAAGGUUCCCUUUGCUUCUCCCCUGGGUCGUCCUUUCCUGGAUCCCAUGCCCCCAUCUUUGGGAUUCACCCCUGGUUCUGCUGGAGCAUGUCCUUCGGUGGCUUCCUGAGACAGGGCGCGGCAGACACGCAGCCCGACGUGGGGACACAGCGUUGGCUGGGCACAGGAUCCAGCCCAGAAUCACGUUCCUGCCAACCAGGACUCCCACCUUCCGAUGCCACUGCAGGGAAAUUCAAGGUCAUUGUAACCCCUGGUCCGUGGUAAUGAAACCGGCUUGUCUCUUCUUGCUGGACGUCGUGGGGCUUCUUUGGGUCCCCAGUUCCGACGGCUCGGGAAACGGCCUUUGCGCGGGUCCUGUUCACCCACUUGCCAGGGCCAGGGGCUGUCGGUCUGGAAAUCUCGUUCUUUAUUUCCAGGAAAUAUUCUUUAAUUAUUACGUUUCGAUUGUUUCCGGCUUCUGUUCUCUCUGGUCCCUCCCCGGUGGUGAAUGGGGAUCUGGGAUCUCGUGGGCACCGAAGGUCUGCCCCAGUCUCCUUCCGGGGUCUCUCGCUCUCUUUCUGACUUCUUUACUGAGGUCCAUUUUUGUUCUCGAAAUAUUUAUUUCUAAAGCGUUCUGAUCUUUUUCUGUGCUCACAAAAUUCUCUCUUCGAGGACAUCACUAACAGUGUUUUUAAAAAAGUUUUCUUCUCCUCGUACAGACUCUGUCUGGAGAAGUGCAGUAAAGAGUUUUCUCCCCAUAUUUCUGUAGCAGUUUCACUCUAUCAAAGUUAAAAUUUGAACAUAGGAAAAUAAUCCACAAGCAAAGUCAGCAGACAAAUCAUCAAUUCAAGAAAAUGUUUUAGUGCAGAUGGCGAGUGGUAAAGUAAACAUUGGGUUAAGAACUUAUAAAUUGUCAAGAGAAAGACAAAAAACACUAUGGGAAGCUGGUCAGGGCUGUGGCUGGCUGGCCCAGCGAGCAGAUCCACGGGCCGUCAGCUUCGGGAAAGCCCAAUUCGCUGCCAGGGGCAGUUUCCAGGGAGCAGAGCUCGGGAUGGGGUCCUUGUGCGAGAGGGGUGCUGAGGGGCUCUUGGGGCAGCGGUGGGAGUGGGGGCCUCAGCACCGUGGCCACCCUGAGGUUGACCAGCCAGGACACCUGCAUGAGGGGGCCGCACCUGGCAGAAGAGGGCCUGGGCGGGCAACUGGCUGCUCUGGAGGGGGGUGCCCUGGGCUGCACCACCUGACAAAAUGAAGGAGCCAAAGCAGGGAUUGUGGAGGGGCUGGGGUUGGGGCAGCCCACUCUUUCGGGCUGUGGAGGAAUGAGGGGCCGCUGGUCAUGCGGCGACAGCUAGGAGCACCUGCAAACCCUGCCUCGGUGGAUGCCUGCAAGGUCACGUGAGCAGGGCUGGUACUGCAGCCUCUCAGGGCUCAAACAAUAGGAAUUUGUCUCCCGAGCCCUGAGGCUGGAAGUCUGAGAUCAGGGUGUGGACAGGCUGGGUCCUUGUGAAGCCUCGCUCCUGGGAGAGCAGACGGCCAUCUCCCCGUGUCCUCAGGUGGUCUGGGUCCUGAUCUCUUAGAGGGGACACCAGUCAGACCAGGUUGGAGCCCAGCCCACAGCUCUGCUUCACUGAAGCAUCUCUGUUAAGGCCCAUCUCCAAAUACGGUCCCAUCCAGAGGUCCUGGGACUCAGUUUGAAACAUGAACCUGGGGGCAAGGCUCAGCCCAAGAGGGAGUUGGUGUGUAGCUCCUUCUAAGAGGGAGGGGGUCCGGGUAGCUCAGAGGUGUCAGGAGCACAGGUCAGAAGGAAGAGUUUAUACGUUGCGUCACUCUUGCAAAGCCGCCGGUAAAAAUCCACACAGAAGGCACAGAAGUUACACGGGAGAUGCUCGUGGUCGGCGUGUAGGCGCUGAAUUUGUGCACAAAGAGAAAUCACAGAGGAAGACAAGCUAGGGUGUCACCUGGGGACUCGGGUGGGGGGCGGCAUGGCCCCAGGUGUUCACGUGAAAUGAUUCCUGCAGGCUUGUCUGUGUGAAAAACAAAUAAAUAAAAACGCCCCUCACAGGAAGACAGAGAGCAGAGGUGUGGGCUCAGAGGAGUGACCGAGGUGGAGGCCCUGGUGGGAGCUCUGGUGUGUCCCUGGGGUCCCGGGAGGGGCCGUCCCUCGGCUUUGGCCCCUGGCAUGUCCUUCCCAAGUGGGGUCCCUGUGAGGGUGGCUCUCCCACGUGGACAGGUGUGGCUGGCUCCACUGCACUGGGAGGCGGGGAGCUGGCCGGUGCGUGGCACCCUCCGCCCAGCCCGGGCCUCAGUGGAUCCCAGGGUCAGGCCGGCUGCCCCGGGGGAGGAGGUCCUGCUGGACCGCGCAGCGUGGGAAGCAGCCAGCGGGACCCCUCCUGGCUGCUUCCUCCCUCAGAUGAGUGACCCUGGUGUCUCUCCUGCAGAAACCUGCCUCCAGGAGAGGCCCCGGCGCUCUGACCCGUCGGGUGUGUGCCCGCGUCAGCCCAGGACCUGCAGGGCCCCCAGGCUGCCUGUCUGUGUUGGCACAGGCCAGAUCUGGGGUCCCGGUCUGUUUGGACAAGCACAGUUUUCUGGACUUUGAGCCAGUGGGUGGUGGGUCCAGGGAGGAGAGAGAGCUGGAUUCUAUGGUUGGUUUUCCCGAGAAGGAGCAAUGCGACUGACUGCCCGUCUUCACUGCAAGUUCCCACAAGCGUGUGAAGCUCUUGGUCGGGCAGAGAAGGAGGCCUGGGGUGACUAGCUCGGGGCCACGCUGCCCCCUCCUCUCAGGGCUCGGUGUACCCCCGCCCCCCGCCUGCCCCACUCCGCCCAAGCCAGGACCAGCUCCCCAACCUUUCCUCGGGUCCUGUUAACACCCCUGACACAGAGGGGGCUUGGCUGCACGCGGUCCCCAGCAGGCACAGGGGCCUCAAGGCGGGAAGGGCCCACACUGCGCCCCACACAGCCGGGCAGGCAGGGGGCUGGGGGUCUCACACACCCUGCGUGUCUGGGUGCGUCUCACCCCGCCACGUGGAGGCGCCUGAGGGGGGUGGGUACCAGCUUUUUCCAGUGUCCUGCUCAGCAAGCGCCCGGAGCAGGGUGGAGAGAGCACCGGGGCGGGGGGGCCACGACAGGGCCCAGGUCAGGGCCCACGUUCACACGGGCAGAGCUGGCCCCCAAGAAAGGAUAUUUAGAGGCAGGGGUGGGGCCCUACAGAAGGCCUGUCCGGGGGAGAACUUAGGACACUGGGCGGGCCCCCUGGGGCCUGAGGAAGAGGAAGCACGGGGACCGGAAGCCGGGGAUGGCCAAUCCCGCUUGGGGGGCAAGGUUGGCUUCCUCGCCCGGUUCCCUGAAGGCCAAAGAGAGGAGGCCAGGCUGCCCGACCUUCCCAAUCUAAGACUUCUCGCCAGGUCGCCCCACCCCCGGGGGAGGUCCUGAGGGGCUGCUCCAACCUGGGCCCAGACCGUCCACGCCUGUGGCUUCAGCAGGUUUUUCACCACCUCUUGGCUGAGGCCUCGGUGCCUGGGAGCCCCUGCCCUGCACCGGGAUGUCACCUCCCAUGGCAGGCGUCCCCCUGAAGCCUCUGCCCAUUCCCCAGAGCUUGCCCCCUGGAAAGCCAGCCCAAGGCCACUUUCUGCUGCUCCCACCACCCUGCUGCCCAUUCCGGUCACCCUGCCCCUGAGCCUAAGGAGACCCUGUCUGCCCCCUUCUGUGCAGAGACUAGCGGGUCUGGAACGGGGUGGCCCCAGGCCACGGUGGGCUAGUAAAUGUUAACCAUGGCCCAGGGGCGGGGGGCAUUUGCUAUUUCCAUGUGGAAACACCCCCCACAGGCCUCAGGGCGCCGAGGUGCGGCCAGCAAGCCCCGGGCUGGGGAGAGGUGUGGAGGAGCCGGGGGGUGGGGGGGGGAGCGCUUCCCAAACACCCCGGGCGGACAGUCAAGGGCUUCCUGUGUCACCCCGCGUGGUUCUGGGUAGAAGGAGAACCGUUGGAAGCCUGGGGGUCCCUGGGGCCUUGGGGCCACGUGGCUGAGGCCCCCGAGUGACCGUGUAGGACCCAGGCUGGGCUGCAGGGCAGAACUGGGCGGGACCCAUGGGUGCACCAGGUGAACUAAGGGAAUAGCCUCAGGUCCACACCCACCCUCUGAGGCCGAGAGGAGCCACCUGCUCCCCUCCCUCCAGGUGCCCGGUGAGGGGGGCUGCAGCAACCCUUGGCCUGUGGUGCAGGGAGGGGCACCAGGCGAGGGGCGGGCAGAGCGCUGAGAAACACGGGAUGGGGGCUGGAAACGGGAUUGGAGGAGGUGGCCCUGGUGGCCCCGGUGGCCCUGACCUGAGUGUUGGGGGUGGUAAGUGGAGGACCGCAGGGCCUCUAGUCCUGGGGAGGGGCCAGGGGGUCCACGCCAGGCAGGCAGCUGGGCCGGCAGGUGCCAGGUGGUUCGUAGAGGGGUCUGCAGUGUUCUCACCGGGAAGAAGCACGGGAGUGGGGCUGCUGCAGCCUGUGGGGCUGGGACACAAAAAUAUCUGUGCCCCGGGCCAUCCCGGUUGUGUCCUGAGGGCAGCAAGGGCCUCACAGGUGUAGCCUGGCCUGUGGGCGCUGAGAGGGGCUUCACCCUGGAGGCGGCUCUGACCCUUUAGGGAGAGAGCAUGGGGUGGAGCCUCAGGUCCCAGGGUGCAGCUGGACUCCAGGCUCCUGACAGCGUGGGGUGGGGUGCAGAGCAGAGGGCCUGGGCAAGCCUCCCACACCUGCCCCAAGGUAGAGUGGAGGUGGAGAGUGCCAGCUGCCCGCUGCUGCAGGUUGGAGGUGGGGUAUGGGGGCUCUGGUUCCUGGGGAGUCCCUGCCUGGGCAAGGCCUUGGGGAAGACAGGAGGGGGGUCCUUUUUCUGGUGAGGCACACGCAACCCCGCUUUCCUUCACCUGGCUGAUUUGAGCGCAGGUGCGGAUCUGCAAACAAAGGUGCGGCUGGUAGGUCAGCCCGGCAGCUCAACCUUCCCCGGGGCGGGGCAGGCCGGUGGGAGGAGGCCGUCGGCCAGGCAGUGGGUUUACCACGGGCACUUGGCCGUGGGCACCCCGGCCUUGGUGAAGACAGGGGAGCGCACCUGAGCCCUGGGUUCUGUGCACCUGCCCUCCACCCCUGGGAGGGGAGCUGAGCUUUGCGUAAGGAAACCUGAGCCUGGCCAGGUGCGGGGGCGGAUCUGGGGUCUGUGCAGGCUCAGGAGGGGUGGGAGGGGCUGAGGGGCUGAGCCCCUACCCCUGUGGGGAGGCCCCCUCCCUGGACUGCCAGCGCCCCUGAGGACUGCAGGGGGCUUGGAGCAGGGUAAGCAAACAUUUACUCCUCAGGGAUCACCCUUUUGGCCCAGGCACCAAAUGGGGCCAAACCCUUAGAGAGGGUUCCUGGCAAAGGGUUACUUUUAAGUAGCAGGGGCCUUGCUGGGGGAGUGGCCUGACUCCCUCCUCACUGGCCUCCGUGCCCCUCUCCCUUCUCCCCAGCCCUAUGUUGGAUCCUGGGGCCCCUUGCAGGGCCUGAGGCCCCCUAGCCCUCUGCAGUGUCCAGAGUGAUGGGUCCUGCUGGGACUAGGCCACCUGCAGGGAUCCAGGGUGCCCCAGGUCACCCUGAGCCCAACUGUAGAGCAGCCUCUGGGGGAUCUGGGGUCCAGAGAGCGGCUUCUUGGUAAGAGGGCUCUCCCCACCUCUCCUGGCCCACCUCAGGGGCAAGGCACUGCCUCUGGGUCUGGGUUCAAAUCCCUGUGACCCUAGGGGCAGGUUCAGGGUCUCUUGUCACAAGAGCCAAGGGAGAGCAUUAGGGGGAAGGAGGGUGGGGUCUCCUGAGGCCUCCCUGCACCCCAGGGGUCGGAGUCAGGGACCUGGACCACCUGAACUGCCCACUCCUCUGGAGCCUCCUCCAGCGCCCUCCUGGUGGCUCUGCCUCCCGCCUGUGGCUCCUCACGCUCGAGCACAGGUGCUUAGCCACACACCCACAAUCCCACAGCCUCGUGCACACAUAUGCACACUCAGGCACACUCACGGGAGCGCGCCUGGGGCUGGCGGCCAGGUGACCAGACUGCAGAGGCUCUGCUUUCAUUCAUUCCCUCAUCCAUCUGCACUUGCACUCAGUCCUCCCACCACAUCCAGAGUGUGGCCAGGCGGGGGCAGGGCAGGCCGGCCCUUCUCACCUUCAGGCUCCACCUGACUGAAGCCACCCGCUCCUUCCCAACUCCAGCUUCUUCAGGAUGGUUGUGUGACCCUCCCCACCCCACACCCCCAGGUCGACCCCUUCAGGAAGCCCUCUUCAACUGCUUCCCCGAGCUUCCGCCACACCGGAUUUUCGGCAACCUGGUCCACUCCCAAAAGCAGUGGGAUGCAGCAGAGAGAGGCGUCAGGGGGAGGCAGGAGGGAGGCUGGCGCGCACAGAUGGCCAGCUGCGGCCCCACCCGCACCCUCCAGGGCUCAGCUGGCAGUUGCUCCCACUUUUCCGGGGAGUUUAAAUUUGCUCAGCACCCUUUUACCCAAGGCCCUGCCUCCCCAGUCACCCGUGGGAACAGAGCGCUCUGCAAAACGUGGGUGUUGGUAGAUGGGGGCAUUUGUCAAACCCUUGUGUCAAGUAAACACAUGCUGGUCCCCAAGGUCCGGGACAGCGGGGCUGGGUCUGCCCUUCUGGGGAGAAGAGCAGGGCAGCCAGAAGCUGGGUCCAGUGUGACAGACAGACGAGGCGGCCUCUGCACAUCUCCAGGGUCGAGCGUCGGCCCUGCCUGGGGCCUGCAGGUCAGGAAGCCCACCCACUGCCCGGGUGUCGCGAGGCUGUCUCUGCUCUGGGUCAGCACCACCCUGAGAGUGGGAGGCCCUGGGGAGGGUGGCCAGGAGGACAUCGCCAGACGCUGGAGGCAGGUCCUGCAGCUCGACAGGGUGCCCUGCGCCAUGGCCGCGGGGGUGAGGUCAGGAUGGCUCCCAGGCCUGAAGAACCCCGUAGAAUUUCGAUGCUUCAUUUCUAUCUAUCAACUUGUGUAACAAUAAAAGACCUUUGGCCAAAAACAAGAGCAGGAUUCGUUGCAGCCGAAGCUCAGGGGCUUUCAGGACUUGAACACCCUCAGCUCCGGCGCUGCAGUCACUCGUGGCUGCUUUCCGCUUUCAGCUCUGGUCCUGACCGGCGACAGGCUUUUGAAAAGACAAAAUGCAGAGGAAGGGGAGGAGGGAGGAGUGGGACAGAUGGGGAAACUGAGGCUCAGCCAGGCCAGGUGCCUCAGCACCUCUGGGUCCUGCCUCCUGUGCCCAGGCGGUGGCCGGAGGCCCCCCAGAGUCCCAGCAGGUUGGGAUCCUGGCUGAGAGGAGCGACGGGGGUGGAGCUGGCGUCUGUCCCUUCUGCUCUGUCCCCACUAUUGGCCAGCCCCCCUUUUUCCUUCCUGGAACCCCACAUCCCAUGGGUCUGCUUCCAUCUCUUCAGGGCCAGGGCCCGCUUGCCUGCCCCCCGGAAAUGCCUCCUAACUGCUCUUCCCUCUCAGGCUCGCAGCGCUGCCUCCCUGUGGCAGCGGCACCCACACUGGCUUUGGGGUCCACAUCAGGACACACCCUCAGCUCUUACCCGGCAGCCCCCAGCCCACUCUGGCCCCCCAGACCCUCCUCUAGGACGCAUGGCAUGGGGCCCCAUCUCAGAGCACCCCCCACCCCCAGCACCCUCAAGGCAGACCCCUGCCCAAGGCCCGAGUCUGACUGGCCUCCUCUGGGGGCCCCGAGGAUAAGAACACAGAAAGUGCCACUUUGCAAGGAGCACAGGGACUCGUGCCAGGCAGACCAGCCUCCACCUGGCACCUCCGACACGCCGAGGGCCAAGCCGAGACCCCAAACCCCAACGCCCACUUCUCCUCGGCCGUUACCUCCAAACACCUGAGCGGGGAGGCCGGGGACUGCCCCGAGGGGAGCAGCCCUCACGCGCCUCCCGGAGUGGAUGCCCUGCGCAAGGCCCUGCGCUCAGGACAUAGAACUUGGCCAGGACCCUGGGGUCGCAGCUGAACCCCGCGCGGGUGCUCCCUGGGUCUGUCCACGGGGCCCGGGGGCCCAAGUGCACACAUGUGCGAUCCCACAUCCACGGCAGGAGGACAGAGCCAGACCAGACGAGAAGGGGGCAGACCCCCGCAGGGCGGAUGGAGGUGCUUCCCCAGAUGUGAGAUGCAGGGGCGGGGCCAUGCGGGGAGCAGGGGGUGGACAGGGGUUGCAGCCUCCUCCCUCCUACUGGUCUCUCUCAUCACAGGCGCUGGACCCCUGAGGGCCAUGAGGAGGGGGGCCGCCAGAGCGACAGUGGGCCAGGACCCUUGCUCUGAGUGGCAUAGUGAUGGUGAGCUGGGAUCUGCCCCCUCCCCAGCCCACCCCACCCUGGCAUCCUCAGGAAAUGAUGUGCAGUGUGCCCAGUGCCCACAGAUAGGACCUGGUGCCCCAGCUGUCGUCUGCUUCCCACUAAUCAGGCAAAGCCACGACCAGGCCCAGUGGCCACACUUGGGGGAGGCUCUGGGAGUCCCUGGGGUGAGAUCUGAGGGGAAAGCCCCCGGGGGAGGCUCAACCAUGUCAGGAGGGGUUGGGACAAGAGAGUGUCCCAGGGUCACGAUGUCACCUCGCGGACAGGAAAGAGGGACCCUCCUGGGCCGUGGGGGGACCCAGGCCUGCAGGUUCACUGGGGCAAGGAAUCAACUUAACAAGACAGAUGUGCUGUCCCAGGACACCUCCAGGAGCACCUGAGAGUGACCUGCGCAUCCUUGAGGCGCGGGCAGAGCUAGGGCUUGGUGGUCCCAGGGUGUGAAGCAGGAGGGGACCUGGACGUGUUAAAGCAGUUUAAAGGGGGCGGAGGGGGGUUCUCUGUGUUCAAGGCCAGAGCCACAGUAGGGGGCAGGUCUGGUCCUCAGCCACAGAGGCUCAGGAGGCCUGAGAUCAGCAAGGGGUGUUCUCCGCAUGCGCCCCACUUCUCACGCCGUGGCCUCAGGGCUCAGGCUGGAGGGAACCUUCCAGGCAUCAAGACCCGACCAUCGCAGGUCUGCCAGUCCCUCUGCUUCAGCUACAACCCCCAGAUCUCCUGGACGUGGCUGUGUGGGUGCCUUUGACCGAGGCAUGGGCCGCGGUGGAACUCCCCAGGCAGACCUCCCUGAAGGCCCCGAAGCCCCAGUGGAACUCAGGGGCUGAACAUGGAAUCGGGUCGUGAAGCCCCUUCCCUGUGGCGUUGCGUGCCCGCAGCGGGCCCAAGACUGCAAGACCCACCUGGGCAUCUAGAUUUCCUGAGCAUUUGUUGCCGCCAAGUAUAGCGUUCUAAAGUCAGCCUCAGCAUCCACACCACCUGCCAGGCCUCCCCACUGGUCCUGUGCAGUUUUAUCACCAGCUCCUGCGGUCGCCACCCCGAAGCCGCGCGUUUCUCUUGGCAGCAGUAGUGAGACCGUCUGUGCUUUGCUCCGAUAUUUCCAGAGACGGCGUGGCCUCAUGCAACCCCCGACAGGUCAAUGGGCACCUUGCCCCGCCCGGCUUUGUUCUCUGCAGCCCCACCCCACCCAGACAGAAGCCCCAGGGGCAGCCACCCCACCCCCCAGGCCAGUAAACAACCAGACUGGAGGAGCGGGUGGAGGGUCUUCCAGAGGUUCUGGCAUCCCUGGGACCCUGGCCCAGCCCCCUCCCAAGACCCAGUGGGGCCACUGAGGACAUAAGGAGCCGCAGGCCUGGUGCCAGGAAGAGCCCUAUGCUGCCCCUCGGACUAUGCCUAGACCCAGGGGCCUGGGGUGGGGGGCAGGUCCACGGCCCUUGAGGACCUGGGGGCGGCCCAGCCCACCUGCUCCUUCUGGCUGGCAGGACACGGGCUCAUCACCUUCUCAAAGCAGCCCUGGCUUCUCCCCACAGCUGUCCCCACACUCACCCCCUAAAGGCCUCCACCCGUCCCCUCCCUGACCUGCCCUCUCCCAGUGGGCCUCCCCCGCCUGUCUCCUCCAUCCCCCGUCCAAGCAAGUCUCCUUCCUAAACGGUUCUUGCCCCAUCCACACACCCCCACUGUCCCCAUGGACAUCCCGUGGGCGCCCUGAGCCAAGCGUCUGCCCCGUCCUAAGGGGCCCUCCCACACCCUCUCACCGCUCGCUGCGCCCAUGGGGCCUCUCCCCUGGGCCCUUGGACCCCAGCCCCUGCAGCCCUGCAGGCCUGGCCUCCUAGGCUGAGCCCUGCUCGCUGUCCCCCAGGUCAGUCUGUGCUGUUCCUCCCCGCAGACCCCCCGGCUGCUCCUCCCACGGCUUCUGUCAGGGCUCGUUCCUGUCCCCAGGGCUCCACCUGUGCCCGCUCGCUUCCUGCACAGGAAACGCCCAGUCCCGCAGCUUCCUUUCAAACUGCAGUCAGCCCCAAGCCAUCCCUCAGGGCGGAAGCCAUGCUCCUGCAGAGGGGAGCCCCAGUGGGGGCCUCCUGGGGACCCCACACUCCCCUAGUGUCCAUCUCUGCCUCCACAGAGCCACCUUAAAAAAUCCCCCUGCCCCCAGCCGUCCCUCAGCCCUGCCCUCUUUGCCUCCUCCUCCUGCAGGCAGAUCCCAGCCCCGGCUCCUCCCUCCUGCUGCUCAGCCUGCCCUCUCUUCAAGGUCACGGUGACCUCCCUCCUCCUCCGGGCCUGGCCCCUGCUUCACCCUCCCUGGAGGUGCAGCCCUCAGAAGCCAGGGCCCUCUGGCUUCCAUCCUCCAUCUCCCCACGCCCCCGCCCCUGCCUGAGCCACCUCUGCCUCCCCCCUCCCCAGCUGGGGCUCUUCCUUCCCCAGCGCCCACACCCCUGAACCCGGGCCCACCAGCACUGCUAGAAUCCUGGGAUGAAAUGGGUGGAGAUGCUUGGUCAGGCCCAAUCCAGACCUACUGCAGCCAAGCUCCUGCCCCAAGCCACCUGGCCUCCUGACACAGUUCUGAGCAGAGUCCCAGCCACCAGGGAGGGGGUGCAGCAGCCUUGGUCCUCUCAUCCGACCUCGCAGCAUCUUUCUUAAAGUAGCAGCUACGGGGUGCUUUCCCAGCUAUUGUCCUUGCGGUUUGGGAUCCAGCUUUCGGUGCCCAGUGAAGAGUCUGGAUCUCAUGUCCAGGGGUGCAGACUCCACCCCUUGACCCUGAUCCCCAGGAAUCUCAUGGGAACAGGUCCUCGGGUGCCUGACACCUUGCAGGGCACCCUGGAUUCCAGACCCACAGACCCACUUCCUGCCCUGAGCCCCAGCUGACCUGUCUGACAAUCGCCUCACACUUCCUUGCCCAAAGCUGGGACAUCGGUUCCCCCCAAUCCUGCCUGCUCCCCCCUCCGUCCCCCCCAGCCCAGCCCCUUCCUCACGGGGACCCCUUGCUCGCUGGGUGCCCUUCGGACCCAAGCAUAGCCCCGCCAGUGUCAGGGCCCAGACCGGGAACAAGCAGCAGGUCAAUGGACUCCACAUCCUGUCGUCUGACCCAAGGGGUGAGUGGGCGGGGGUCUCCUGCCUUUAGGGCCCAGGGCAGGGGGGCCAAACUGAGCCAUGGGCUCCUGGGUCUAGGGGUGGGAAGUGUCGAGACGAGGAGCCCGGGAUGGUCCCCAGGCUCGGGGACAGGCUUUCCUUCAGGGGCUGAGGACGUUCCUGAACUGGAGACAGGUGGUGGCUGCUGCCCAGCAUCCCAAAUGCGUAAAUGCCCCCGAAUCGCCAGCUCCAAAUGGCCCAUUUUAUGUGCAUGUCACCUCAAUGAAAAAGACAAACUCUCUUACCCGCCCCCCAAUCCUAGGAUCCAGGGGCUUCGUGGGCCACUGCGUCCCUCCCCACCACUCAGCCCACAGUUGCCGUCCACCAUUGCAGUUUCAGGGACCCUCUGAAUGUGCCGUGGCCCCUGGAAACAGGAAAGCCCACCUUCCCUCCUGUGUGUCUGACAAACAAGCCCUCUGGGUGCCAGGUGGGCGGACCCAGAGCACAACUAGCCUCCAGAGAGUGGAAAGGGGGGUGUAACUUUCUCGAGCCCCAUCCCCCAAGGCAGCUCCAGGCAUCUCAGUGACACUCCCCUGCCUUCGGAGACCAAUUACCCAGGUGGAGGGGAUGAGCCGGCCCAGUGGCCUCGUUAAAUCACAGCCUCUGCGGGAGGGGGCCCCCCGUGAGGGCAGCUGGUCCAGGGCCUGUGCAGCUCGGGCGGGCCCCGAAGGCCCGGAGGUGCAGAAGGAGCCUGGCUGUGUCCGGGCCCCCAAGUGGGCUCAGGGCUCUGCCAGCAGGAGCCGAGGGCAGGUGGUCCCCAGAGGGAGCAGAGCCCCCUCCCUGCCGUGGCAACAGCCCAGCUGGUGCCUGGCUUUCCUGGUGCUGGGGUUGCAUCAGACAGGCAGCCCCAUGAGGCCCCACAGCACCUGAGGCCCGGGGUGCGCCCCACCCCGCACGGCCGGGCUUCCUGCCACAGGCUGGAGCCGCCCGGGUUCCAGGGCAGUGAGGGUUCCUGGCCCUGUGGGCUGGGCCCUGCCUCCCACAGCAUGGCCGCAGCCCCUCCUCUCCUGCUGCAGCCCAACUCGAUAAAUGUGGGGCCUCUGGAGGCUUCCGUUCCAGCCUGUGCAAGGCCGUCGCUCAGAGUCAGUCAGGGACAAGGCCAAGCUAGAGGCUGGUUCUGGAACAGUUUCCCAAAUGGCCACUGACCCCUAGAAACCUCUCAAACGUCCUGUGGCAGAACCAGGGUCCAGGGCCCUUGCCCUAACCCUCCUUGGAAGCCGGAGGUCCCAGGGCCUUGCUCCCGCGACCCCCUUGAUGGUCCUGCCCAGAGUCUGGCUCUGAAGGCCCCAAGAUGCUGCCUCUCCGUCCCCCCGGCAGAAGGGGCUCAGCCAGCCUGUUUCCGCUCGGCCACAGGGCAUUUGUGGACAGAGGUGGUGGCUCCAGAGCCCUCCCCUGGAUCAGGACAGCUGCUCCCUAAGGGGCCCAGACAGUUGGGAGGGGCCUCCUCCCACCGCACGCCUGGCUCCGUGCCCUCCCAAUCCCCAGAGGUCACCUCACCUGUCCCCACACCCCUGCCCCCACGGCCAUGCCUGGCCCUGACUGAGGGCGCGGGAUGAGGCACCAUCCGUCCAGUCUGGGCCCUGUAGGGGACCCCGUACAAUAGGCCCCUGCAGGGAGAACAGGGCAGAAAUGACCACGGAGCCGCCCGGGAGCAGGAGGGGCUGUCUCCAGGGGGCACCCCAGGGAAGGGGUGGAGGAGGCAGACACUCCGGAAUGCCCCCUCGCUGACCCCUCCUGACCUUCUUGCUGAGCAUCCACCACCCCCCUUCCUCUGACCAGGAUUUCCGAGGCCUCCCUUCCUGCCGCUGCUGGGGGACAGCGAGGCCCGCGGCUGCUGGGGAGGGGGUGCUAACGAGGGACGGAGACAGGGGCCCUUCCCGAGGGAGCAGCGUAUCCACCAACCAGGAAAGCCCCGGGAGCCCAUGGCUGGACUGGCUGAGGCCAGGAGCAAGGCCAGGGCGAGCAGGCGGAGCUGUGGGCCAGGCCUUCACCCGCUCAAGGCCCCAGAGCCGGCAAGGGCGCGGGGUGGAGGCUGGCCAGUUUGGGUCCUUCUGACCAGAGCCCAGUGGCAGCUGGGAGUGGGCUGGCAGUGCUUGCUGCCUUGCCGGGCUGUGCUGGGGCCGCCACCACCCCGUGUCACCGUCAGCGCCGAGGCUCAGGGAGGCCAGUGGGGCCUGGGCUGCAGGUGGGCCCUCCCCGCUCGGGACAGCGGCUGUGGCCGGAGAGGGUGGGUCAGGGUCAGGGGGAGAGGCUGCCCACAGCCACUGGGCCGAGCCAGGCAAGGACAAGAGGGGAGGCCAAGGAGGCUGCAGACGCCUGGGGGGCACAGCUGGUGUUCCUGGGGCAGCAGCACCCGUCCCACCUGCGGCUCUGCCCACCCAGGACUCUACUCAGAGCAGUGAGGGUGUGAGGAGGCCGGGUGUCCCCUGGGAGCCCAGCUGGCUGCGGGCUGGUGGGCAAGGCCCCUCCCCAUCCCUGGGAAGCCCCUCAUCAGGGGCUUGUGUGUCUCAAGACGCACACCCCCACCGCUGAAUCUGAGAAUUUUCACUCAAAUUAGAUGCUAACCACGGCUGCCCCAGACAAUUUGAGAUGUAAAUCUGAAGCACCUGCGCAAACACUGCUGCCCAUCCCGCCGGCCUGGGUGCAGCCCGCACACGGCGGGGGCGGGUAGGGGGGUGGCAGGCGGCCUCUGCCCGGGCUCGGGCUCCCAGGAGGCAAAGGUGCCCCUGUCGGUGGUGGUGCCACUGGAGCAUGGGCACCAGGAGGGGCCAUCUGGGGGCACUUCCUAAGCGCCCACCUGGCCUGCCCCCGCCCGCUCUGUGGGGCCAGAGCCCGGCUGCCUCGCCUACAGGAGUGGAUCGAGGUCCAAGCCUCUCUCAAGUUAUCCCAGUGCUGGCAGAACGUGGCCCAUGCCGCUCCGCCAUCACUCGGCCUCCUCAUGGGGAAACGCCGCACCUCCACCCGCAUCUGGUGCCAGCCGGGAGGGGCACAAAGGCCGACCCUGGCGUGUGCACCAGCCCCAAGCCUAGCCUGGGCAGCUCUGCGUGCCCCCCACAGCACGAGAGCUGCCGCAUCAUUCACUCACUCACUCCUCCAGCCAAUGCCCCGCGCCCUCCAGGGGCGGCUGUGCCCGGGCUCUUGGGUAGCCCUGAGCAAGGCAGAGACACCAGCCCGGAGGUGAGACCCACAUCAGAGUGUGUGCGUAACUGACGCUGGUCCAGGCGCGUCCUGCUGGGUGGAGUGCAGGCCGGACUCUAGGUAGCAAGUGCCUGGGCCUCACUGAGAGGUCACCCUGAGCAGAGGCACUCGGGGAAGGUGCAAGGGACCUGGGGAGGCUGGGAGGAGGGGGUGAAGGGCCAGGCCACGGUGGGCUUGAGUGGGGACACCUGCCGGGGAGCAGGGACAGGGUGUCUUGCCUCAGCUGAGCUGGCAGCAAGCAAGUGCAGAGGUAGGGACCUGUGGGGGCCGUGGUGCUGACCCAGGAGACCUGGCAGUGGUCAGAGCAGAUGGUGUCCCAGGCUGGAUGCACUUUAAAGGCUUAGCCAGCCCUCCCGGGGUGGGGGUGGCAAAGAGUCCAGGGGGUGGCCGCCACCAGAGGGAUGGAGGGCUCCUGGCAGACACAGGGAGGGAGCUGUGGGGGCCAAGAACACCAGUGCCUAUCAGGUGAGGCGUACGCAGCAGGACAUGGGGCUGGAUGAUGGGAACUCCUGGAUUCGGUGGCCAUGGAGUACUUUGGGGGGGACAGGGGUGAGAGGUAUCCAGCCAACAGCUCACUCUCCUUGUCCUGGGGGAAGGAAAUGGUAUUUGCCCUGGGCUGAGCUGUAUACCCCCAAGUCCAUGACCCCAGUGUGAUGGUGUCUGGAGGUGGAGCCUUUUGGGAGGUGAUCGGGGUGAGGUGGGGCCCGUGCUGGCAUCGGUGCCCUGAGGGCAGGAGCAAGACAGAGCGAUACCCCCCCCCCCCCGGCUCGCACCACCCCUGCUCGCACACCAAGGAAAGGCCGUGAGGACAGCGAGAAGGUGGCCGUCUGCAGGCCGGGAAGGGCCCUCGCCAGACGCUGGGUCUGCCGGCACCUUGACCUUGGGCCUCCCAGCCCCUAGUUCUGCGGGAAGCAGCGUCUGGUCUAAGCUGCCCGGACUGUGGUGAUUUGUUACAGCUGCCAAGCCGACGGAUUCAGUAUUGUACUUGCAACUCUUGUGUCAGUUUGGAAUAAUUUCACAAUAAAAAGGGAAAAAAGUGUCAUGAAGGAAAGACUUAGAAUAAAACAGGGCCCCAAAUGGUGCUGGGCACCCCCAGCCUCCUCAGGCCUGUGCUCGAUGGGGCUGCGGGAGCCCUGGGGCAGCUGCCCCCAGGAGGGCCCAGUCUCCAGCGUUCCCUCUGGGCCUCCUGAGGUCCGUCUCCGUCGGAAGGGAGAGGAGGCCCCCCGCAGGGGUAGCACCGCCCCUGCAAUUUGCCUGAGUCAUUUCCCUCCCUGCUGAGAUUUCCCUGCCAGAUCCCUCCCUGCAGCUCUGGUUCCGGCAGGGCCUGGGAUGGACUCCUGUGAACCCCAGGGCCCAGGUCCGCUGGCUGGGAGCGUGUACGAAGCUCCCCCGGCAGAGCCUUGGAAGGGCUCUUGGCUUGGUCUGAGGCACCCUGGUCCGGAGCCUCCCAGCUCCUAAUGUUGGAGCGAGGCCUGGCCGGUCUGCUCCACCAGAAUCCACCGUCUGCAGGCAAUGCCUGGGCCACACCUAAAAGCUGAAGGCCUCCUGGCUCCCCAGAUCCACCCCCUCCAAGGCCUGCUCCCAGGGCACACUCCCCCCACCCCCCCAGCUAAAGCCAGGCUUUGGCUAUCUGCCUCCAGGGCCCCCCGUCUCUCAGCAGAGUCAAGGGCGCCCAGCAGUGGCCCCAACAGACUUGUGGAGGUAACUGCGCCUGUGCUGAGUGCCAGACCCGGCGCCCAGAAACGUUCAGGCCAAAGCAGACAGGAGGCCUCAGGGACCUCCGAGCUCCAAGCCCCCACGGAGCCCACCCACAGGCUGGGGUGGGGCGGGAGCCAGUGGGACCGCGGACACAGUGCCCCUUGAGGCCUCAGCCAAAAGUCAGAGGCCCCAUCCUGCCCCGUCGCUGUCCGGUUCCUCAGCAGCCCUGACACCGCCACCACAGCAAGCCACUUCUGUCCCUGACAACCUCAGGACACCUGCCAAGGUCACGGUCAGACUCUUCAAAAUACAGUUAAAUAAGGGUUUUAUUUCCAGUAGUUUCAGACGUGCCGAGCUGUUGCCAAGAUGGCACCACAGCUGGCUUCUCCCACUGCUAACGUGUCACUAGCAUCAGGGCGAAGCAUCUGUCACGACGACCUCACUGGUUUCACUAGGAUUUCCGGUUUCCCCGCACAUCCUCUUCCCCCCAGGACCCCAUGUGACACUGCGUCGCGGGCUGGAGCUCCUCCAGCUGGGACAGUCCCAGACGCCCCUUGCUUUGUGAUCUUGGUGGCUUGCAGGCUGCCGGGCGGGGCUCUGCCCAGCCACGGGGACUUGUCCGAUGUUUUCCUCACGCUCAGACCGGGUCGCAGGCGCAGCCCUUCCCACCUCACCACGCCACCUGGCUAAGGUUUUCCCACCAAGGGGGCCUUUUUCUAUUGCUUGCAUUUUAAUUUCAAACAUGUUUGAAAUCCACGGCUCUGAGUCCUCUCUGCCCCUUCUCUGCCCACACACCAGAACCUGACCUGCUGGCUUUCAGAUAUGGGCAGACCCAGGGUGCCCUGGUCUUGGUGGCCAAGUGGGACAGAGGCUCUGAGAGCAGAGUGACCAGCUGCCGACAGUCCGAAGGGCUGACCACUGGGUUUGGCACUAGUGGCUGCUGAGGCCUCAACCUGUCUGAGAAUGAUGGACACAGGGUCUCAGACUUCUGGCCCAGGGUUUUCUGGACAUUAUGACCAGGUGCAGCCCUCAGGGAGAGGGGCCUUGGGACAACACAGGUGCUUCCAGGUUUCAGGUGCAGGAGGUCAAGGUCAAGGCCGAAUCAGGCUUCAGAAGCAUGCCGCCACCCUGGCAUGGCCUGUGGGUAUGCUGCCAGGCCCUGCCUGAGUGCUGGUGCCUGAGAACGUGGUCCAGGGCAGGAAGGCAGGGAAGGGGCUGCCAGGACUUGUCCAGGAGGGCCAGAGAGAAGUCUCCAGCGUGGGUUAUACCUAACCCCGCCAGUGGGCACGUAUGUGACCUCGUGUGAGGACUAGGCCUCCAGGACAGCUCGUGGGGCCAAGAAGGGACCUUGGCUGUGAGCGGACUGAGCUUUCUGGCUUGAACCCUCUCGCCCUGAGCUCGGGAAGGCCAGUGGGUCCUGGGCCAGCGUGCAGGUGGGAGGAGCUGAGGCCACAGGAGUGGAGAGAGAGAUGAAAAUGUGGGUGGGAGUUCCCGUUGUGACUCA